AUGCGAAAGGUAGUUCCGGACCCCAUGUGCCCUAUAUGUAAUAAUGAAGUAGAGACAGUAUUGUGGGACUGCCCUUCUGUGAGAGAUGUGUGGGUGGCAAGUCAUAGGUUUCUACAGAAAUUUUCACAUGAUGGUCCAGAUUUGUUACAGGUGGCUAAGGAGAUUUUGAGAAAAUAUGGGCAGGAUCUUCUUUCCACUUUCAUACGGACAGCAAGGAAGAUUUGGCUUAGACGGAACAGUGCUGUCCAUGUCGAUGAAUUUACCCAUCCAAACAGAAUUAUCUUGGAAGUGGAAAACCUUACAGAGGAGUUUUCACGUCUCUUUGACACAGCCCAAACACGCAUGGCUGACAACACUCCCUCACCAGAAGUACCUUGGAUGCAACCGCCCCUAGGUUGGUGGAAAAUCAAUUGGGAUUUUGCAAUCGAUAAGUCCCAGUGUCAAACAGGGAUGGGGAUGUUAGUAAGGGACCAUACUGGAAUGGUUAUAUCAGCCAAGUGUCUCACCCGUACAGGUAAUCUAGACCCGACAGUUGGGGACGCUUUGGCGUCCCUUUAUGCAAUACACUGGUGCCAAGAUUUAGGGGGGAGGGCUAUUAUCUUAGAAGGGGACGCGAAGCAGGUAGUAGAAGCAAUAAACUUUGACGUCAACAACGAAAGCAGAUAUGGACACAUUGUGGAGGAUAUUCGCCAAACUCUACAAACGUUCUCAAGGUGGCGAUGUGCUUUUGUAAACCGGAAUGCAAAUAUUGCUGCUCAUGGAUUAGCUAAGGGGGCAACAAAACUUGUCAUGGAUAGGGAAUGGAAGGGGGAAACCCCGAGCUGUAUCUGUGAUAUUAUUGAGAGGGAGAAAAUUACUCUAUCUCAAGAUUAA